AUGCUGGUUACAAAUUGUCAUAGCAUCUGCAUGGCUAAAACGACACCUUUGUACAACUCUACUGAAAUUAAUUCCCUUUCACGCACCCUUCCACGUUUACAACCUUUCCAGUCUUUUUAUUUGUUUAUUUGUCUUUUUAAUACUGUACACAAACGAGAACAAGCACAAGAACAAUCAGAGCAAGAACAAGAGCAAGAACAAACUGAUCAAGAACAAGAACAAGAACAAGCAAAGCAAGAACAAGAACAAGCACAGCAAGAACAAGAACAAGCACACUUCAAGAACAAGAGCAAGAACAAACAGAGCAGGAACAAGCACAAGGACAAGCAUAGCAAGAGCAAGAACAAGAGCAAGCUGAGCAAGAACAAGAGCAAGAACAAGAACAACAAGAACAUCAACAAAAAAGGUUUAAUGACUGCCUAUCGCCAGAGCCGUGCCAACGACCGUCAUGCUGCUAAUCCUAAUCCUCAACAACUACUUGCGCCGGACCAGAUCCACAUUAACACAUUCCUCUUGGGUGCCGCUGUUGAGGAGCCGACCGAAGCCUUGGAUGAAGUUUCUAUCUUGGUGGUUGAAGAAGCAGCCUCUUCAGAUGAGGGAACAACCCCUCCAACCGAUAGUGGAUCGAACAUGCCCGAGAAUGAAGCCGCAGCUCCAAUGGCCCAAAAUCCUGGUCUCGAAGGGCCAGCCACCACUGACGGAAGUCAGGAAUGA